AGAAGGGGCCUGGCUGGGCCGCGGGCGUGGUUCUGCCCCCGGGCCGCAGCCUCUGGUGGUGGGAGCCUCCUCCGUCCUCUGCGUCCCGUGCUCCAGCCGUUUCCUUCCCUGUCUCCCGUCACACCUGUCCUGGGAGGCCUGCACCUUCCCGCUGGGCAGCUCCCCCUUGCUGGUCUGCCCCUGAGUCGCACCUCAUAGGCCACAGGCCUAGGAGGUCCGAGUAAGUCGCCCUCCUUUGAGCCGCCUUCAAAAGCCACUCACCGGGUUUUCACACCGCUACUGGAGCUAGCCCCGAGAAAGAGUGCAGAGGAACUGGGUCCUAGCAUCCCUGCUCUCCUGUGCUCAGAGAAGUGAGAACCCAGCCUAGUAGCAUCCCAGUUGUGGCAUCUUGGACUAGCCAUCUGUCUUGCCCUGAUCCUUAUGUUUCCAGUCUCCCUCAUCAACUAAGGAAGGCGGGAGACGUGGGCAGGAGUCACUCUGCCUCCUACAGCUGUGGGUAGGCCUUGAGGCUCAGCAGCCGGCAUAACCGCUACAGCUCAUCCCUGUGUGUAGCGGGUGUCUGCAGCUUCCUUCUUCUCCAUGGAAAGAUGGGGAGGGGAGUGUAGUCUCUGGAAGCAGUCUGGGUUGGAGCUCAGGAUUAGUAGAGGACUCCAGACACAGACCGCCCGUGUCAGUGGUUAGUCCAGCUGGCUAGUCCAGCUGGCGGAACACUCAGGAUCCACUCUGUGGGAGUUUGGAAGUGCAGUGGCCACUGCUGCUUCGUACUCUAGGAAGUGCGAGGUUGGUCCAGCGUGUGGCCAGCUCUCACCUCAGUGAGUCAGGCUGGAUUUUUGAGUGUGAGUGACAGAAGAGCUUGCAAACUGCCUUCAGAUUUCAGGUUCUCUUUGCUGCUGUCCUAGUGGACCUGAAGCCCUCCAGUGGUGAGGUGCACACUCUGUCUCAAGGAGGGUCCUCAGCUGUCCACACACUCUGGGCGCGGAUGGCGUCUGGACGGCCAGAAGAACUGUGGGAUGCCGUCGUGGGGGCCGCCGAGCGCUUCCGGGCCCGCACUGGCACAGAGCUGGUGUUGCUGACUGCAGCGCCACCACCGCCACCCCGCCCAGGGCCCUGUGCCUAUGCCGCCCAUGGCCGCGGGGCCCUGGCGGAGGCCGCCCGCCGCUGCCUCCACGACAUCGCACAGGCACACAGGGCUGCUACUGCCACCCGACCUGGUCCCCCCCCAGCACCGCAGCCGCUCAGCCCUGCUUCCAGCCCUCCACCUCAGCCAGCCCUGGCCAAGGAUGAUGAGGAGGAGGAGGAGGAUGAACCCACCGAGACGGAGACUUCUGGGGAGCGGCUGGGCGGUAGCGAUAAUGGAGGACUCUUCAUGAUGGAUGAGGAUGCCACUCUCCAGGACCUGCCCCCCUUCUGCGAGUCAGACCCGGAGAGCACAGAUGACGGCAGCUUGAGUGAGGAGACCCCGGCCGGUCCCCCCGCCUGUCCCAAGCCCCCGGCUGCAGCCCUGCCCACCCAGCAGUACGCCAAGUCUCUACCCGUGUCGGUGCCAGUGUGGGCCUUCAGGGAGAAGAGGACGGAGGCGCGAUCGUCGGAUGAGGAGAACGGCCCGCCCUCCUCGCCCGACCUGGAUCGAAUCGCCGCUAGCAUGAGGGCACUGGUGCUGCGGGAGGCGGAGGACACCCAGGUCUUCGGGGACCUGCCGCGGCCGCGGCUCAACACCAGCGACUUCCAGAAGCUGAAGCGGAAAUACUGAGCGGGCAGAGAAAGGCGGCUGUCCGCUCUGGCAUUGGGUUUUCGAGCCUGUCUCUGCCCAGCGACGGGACAAUUCUUUAUGGGGCCGGCUCGCUCCGGUUUGGAGUGGGGCUAGUUUUAAAUCGCUCAGUGGGUCAACUCCGUUUCUUGCCUAGCAACAGAAGCUUUACCCGCAUAUCCUUGGCUCGUUGCCCAGGCGCGGGGCGCAGCUGCGGACCCAGGUGGUGGCCCCGCCGAUGUCCGGAGAGUGGCAGGCCGCCCUUCUUGAACUCCCCCAUCCGAUUGGCCCUGGCCGCCUGGGGGCGUGGCCAAGCCCUCCCGAACCCAGAAUUGGUCCGAGGCCUUGAGUUUGUUACACUACUAGGGCUGGGUUUUUGUUGUUUGUUUUUUUGACACUUGUAUCCGGUUCCCCACGGGGAUAGUCCGGUCCUGCUUUUUUGCGUCUGACGCCCCCAUAGGUUCCACCCAACUACAGCCUGUCUAUCAAAGUCUGUCCUGUACCCAGGACAGUACCAGCUUCCUGUUCCCCGACCCAAACAGGUGCCUUAAAGGGCCCUCUCCCACCCAUGGUAGGGGGCAGGGGGCUUCACUCUCCGGCUCUGGUCCCGGGUGCGGGAGAGUAGGGUGGGGGCCAGGACUCGGGAGGGGCGCUCUGAGAUUAAAGUUCAACUCUAA